AUGGCCACCCUACAAAAAGACUUCUGUCCAAACGUCCUCUACGGGCCAGGCUGCCAAGACAGCUCCUGCGAGCUGGAACACGACGCCCGCUUGUGCGAAGUAUGCGUCGCAGUAUGCUCCCCCGAGUCCAGGUGGGCGGUCCAUGAGAGGGGACCCCGCCACCAGGCAAACGUCGAGCAAACAUCCCAACUGGAAACACUCCCCGCUUCUCUCAAACGCGACUCGUGGCGGGAGCACCUCGGGUCCGACGGCCAUCGAAAACAUCUGCGACUCGCUGCCCUCCGCGCGGCCUACGAACAAGCUGAACAAGACAAGCAAGGCAUCGUCGUCUCCCACGCCGACGCGUCCGGGAUUGACUUCGGGCUCGUCCCCUUGGACCAGGCGACUGCCGGGGUCGACGCCUCCGUCGACGUCUCCACGGAGGUGUACAAGGAGAUCUCCCUCGUCGGGACUGAGGUGAAGUCCCGCAUUCCCAACCAUGCCGCUAUGUUCAAAGUGAUCGCGGACGACGAAUCCUCCGUCGCCGUGACGCCGGCGCGUCCACUGAAGUUCAAGGUCCACUUCAACCACGGGCAACUAGGGCGGUACGAAGCGCGCCUCGAGUUCACGUUCCAGGGGACUCGCGGCCAACCUUUCGUGAUCGCCCGCCGGCUGCUCGUUGUCGUCGGGGAGGCGGACGAGCGCGCCCUCCUCCGGCCUGUCGCACCGUACGAACGGCGGCGGCGAGGGAAGUGGGUCAACGACCUCGAGGUCAGGUCCGGGGAGGCCCCCAAUCGUCCGCGCACCAAGUGGGCGCGGGAGCUCCCGCACUUCCCAAUCCCGUCGCAGUUAGUGGACGUUCUCAAGGACGGCACGCGCGAGGAUGCAACUGCGCAGCUGGCCGAGAAAUGCUUCAAUGAAGACCUUUCGAUGGACAACUAUGUCUUUUUCUUCCAGACACUGUUGUGGAUCGAGGAGGACCGUACAAUCAAUGAUCUCCGAAUGUAUGAUAUGGUGGACGUUGACUUCAACGUGAAGGAAGGCCGACUAUAUGCUUUGCAUGUGCAUGGCCUGUCUGAAAAACGACCCAGUGUCGUAGUUGGCGAUAACAUCAUGGUGCAAUCAACGGGCGGAAAUGAGUCCUUCAAAGGACUCGUACAUGGUAUCAGAGCUGAGCAGAUUUACGUCAACUUCCACGAGUCGUUUCAGCCGCUCGGAAAACGCUUCCAUGUCGAUUUCAGCUGA